UGCCGAUUGUUGACAGACAGAUUUUUUCUAGCGAAAAAUAUACAGAGAUUUGCUGAACUCUAUCUCGUCACAAGGAGUUUCGUGAUAACCAGGGGUGGGAGUUUAUUAAAUUAUAUAGGUUAUUUGUCUAUUAUAAGAAAUUGAUGUCUGUUUUUUGCAUAUUAUAUGUAAGUUCACCGCAGAUCGUGCAAUGUGAUCAAAAGCAGAAAUAAAUCUUAUGUUCCUAGGAAAAAAAGAUCCCAAAAAUUAUCUAUCCACAUAUCUCAUCGACUCUGUUUUUUAAAUACAGAACCAGUAUUUUAUAUUUAAAGCAAUAAUCAGUCACUGUUUUGAAAAAUCUACGGGAAGAAAUUCAAGCCUGCAAAAGAAGAGCGAACGAAAUUACUAGCAAUAGCCAUAGCCCGUCAGGGUGUUCCUCCAUAUCUCCUACAAUUUUAUCCAAUCGAUUUUACCGUUUUAGUUGAGAUCUAUCGAACUUUCUUUAAAAAACAUAAAGAAUCAUAAUAUUCCUGCUAAAUGCUGGUUGUAUUGGAAACCAGAUGAUGAAGAAAUGCAGUACUUGAGCGCUGUACAAUGCGUCGUUGCGUUUGUGACUUGGUUUGGUAAGAGACUGAAGAAAGCCAACAAUGCUGUGGGCUUGCCAUGUUUCUUCAGAUAUGAGACCAAAGAUUCGUCAUCGGACCAGAGUUGUGAUUUCGAGCCUAAUGAGAACAGGAAUGGAAGAUGGUAUAGAAAACAGAAGAGAAGAAACUGUGGAGAGAAAUAUGUUAAAGAUAACAUCAACAAGGAAGCUGUCAAAACUACUUUGAAUAAAAUUCUUUCCGGCCUGAAGAGAAAAAAGAAGAUGAAUCUUAACAUAAAAGGAGCGGAGAACCGCGACAAAAAGCAUGGAAGGUCUCUAAGAACUAUGAUGGAAAUUAUUACAUCAUGCUUUCCAAAGAGCGACAAACUGGAUAAGAUGAAAAACAAAACAAUGAACAAUGCAUUUGACAGUGGGGGUGGUGGAGCAACCUGCUCCCCACGCACACCUUCACCAGAGAAGGUGGGAAACAAAACAAUGAACGAUGCAUGUGACAGUGGGGGUGGUGGCACAAUCUGCGUCCCACGCACACCCUUGCCUGCAAAGUCUACGGAUUCAGGUGGCAAGUUGGUGUCUGCAGCUGAUGAUGAACCAGUGGGUGGUCGAGAUGGAGAUGAAAAAUCGUCUGUUAGCACAGAGAAGAAUGCAGAUGAGAGUGCAGCGUAUGAUGAUGAUUUUUUCGAUUCGUUUGAUGAUUCGAUUUCUGCGGAUUUCAGCGACUUCGUUACGGAUGUCAUUGAUUCUGCAAAAGGCACCGUCAAUCCUAAAGCAGAAUCUGGCAACAGCAGUGAUGCAUCUUCGAUCGCGAAGAAUAUCAACGACUUUGUUGCGGAAGCUAUUGGCAGUGCGAAGGAUAAUAUCAAUAAGGAAGAGGAAGAGAAGCGUAAGAGAGAAGAAUUUUUGCAGUCAAUGAGACUUGCCAUGGAAUUGAGAGAAAUUGCAGGUGAAAUGGCUUUCAAUGCAAUCUGUGGAGCAAUUGUUCAACUGGAACAUGAGAAGGAUGAGAAUGUUGGUGAUGACAAUGUGAUGAAUAUUUUGUCUGGAUACACUGCAUCAGUAGAGAAGAAUCGUACCGAGAAAAUGUGCAGAGGAAUUGCUCAGUCUGUGGUUCUGGAUACGAUGGAUAUCAUUCGCAGAAAGGAAGAGGAGAAGCGUGAAAUCACUUCAAUUCUUCAAAAAUACAAGAAAAAGGUUCCAGAACCGAUUUCACUUCUACCUUCACCAUCCGAAAUGAUUCAAAUCUCAAAGACCAUACAGCCAUUUGUCGCAGCCACCAGGAUAGAACCUGAAUUCUCUGGAACUUUUGCCGAGUUUUCAGCUCCAUUUCCAACUUCCAACACCAUUGUUCGUAAGACAAGAAAACCAGUGGCUUUCAAAUCUCAAAUGCAGGUUAUUACUCGCGAAGAAGAGGAAGAGUUACUGAGAAAGGCAACUGGAAAAUGUCCUCCCAGUAAGGACAGAAAGCGGCAAUAAUCCAGGAUAUUGUGUACGACAGCACGUCGUAUUUUGAUUGUGCUAGUCGUGAUUAUUUUAAAAAUUUAUUUUGUUAUAUUUUGUAUUUUUUGUAAGGCAAUAUUCCCAACAUCCUAACGUUUUAAUAUGUUUAAAAAUCCACUUUUUAUUAUGUACAUUUUUUAUAAAAGCUUACCCCAUCUGCCCCACCAUUUCUCUUUUGAAAUUGAUGAAACGUAUCAGUUUAGCUCUCAAUCACGGUCAUAUCCUUAUUUACCUUAAAUUUUGAUAUAUUAACAUAAAAAAAUAUUUAGCAAAGAUGGUAUGACAACACAACUCAACAUUUUUUGGCUUAUUUGGUUAGAGUUAUCUAUGAUCCUCACCUAUCACUAAGCUUCAGAAUUAGUUACACGUCACAUAUGUGCGUUGUUUAUGAUUCUGUACAAUUAGAACAUUUCAAAUAAGUGUAUCGCUGAAAAAAUACCGUACAAAUUUUAUAGUGAAGGAAUAUAUUUAAGUAGGUAAUAAUGACCCGCAACCAUUAAAUACCUGUGUCGUGACAAAAUAAAACAUUUUCUAUUAGAAACUGG